GUACGUACAACUCUGUUUCCUGGAUGAAUUAAGACCUGGACGCUCUCACUGAGUUUCAUUGAGAGUUACACAAGGGUGGAUAUUAACAUGUCUACAAUGCACAGUGAGCAGCUACAUCGAUCAACCUUGGGGAUUUACUCAAGCUUGAUGGAUGAGUUCAACCCCGGCCUGCAAAAUCUUGUGUCACUGGGACACAGUUAUGUCCGAGCUUUCCAAGCUCUGGCUGUUAAAAGUGAGGCUUACUUCACUGCACUUUCUCAGAUGGGCGAGCAGGCCUUCCACAGCUUCUCCUCACGUUCAAUAGGAGAUGUUUUGAUUCAAAUUGCCGAGAGCCAAAAGAGACUUACCUUGGAGCUUGAGGGGAUGUUCCGUUGGUUUACUGAAGAUAUUCUUCAGGAGAUGGAAAGCAAUGUCCGUCUAGACAAAGACUACAUAUCAGGGAGCAGAAAACAGUAUGAAAUGAGUGUCCACAGUCAGGCAGCAGCAAUGGACAGACAGCUAAGGCAUACUGCUUACCAGGAUGGUGCUGAGCAUUUACAGUUCCUUCGGGAAAGUCAUAGUGAGGCUCUAAAGGAGGAAGAGAGAAGAUAUCGCUUUUUGGCUGAAAAACACUGUGGCCUCAUCCAGUCCAUCUCCCGCCUCAUGAAUAAGAAUGGAAGUUCCCUCCAGCAGAAGGCUGACUCCUGGAGAGAAGAGGUAAACGCCACCAGGGAAUCGGAUGGCAUAAGGCCACCUGGCCUGGAUAGCCCUGCACAAAUAAGGCAAGAGAACAGGAGGAACAGAGAAGAGCAACCUCUUGGCAAAAUACCAUCAAGAGCUCCGUCUCCCCAGGGAAGCAUAUAUCGCUCUGCAGCUGAAUCGUCAGGGGGUUCAGGAAGAACCAUGAGGGCCCGGGUGGCUCAUCAACCUGACGGCUCCAAUCCAACUCUACUGCCCUUUUCCAGGGGAGAGAUGAUCACUGUGCUGGUCCAGCAGACAAAAAACGGAUGGCUGUAUGGCCGGAUAGCUGGCAACAAUUCACGUCAGGGAUGGUUUCCGGCCUCCUAUGUGGAAGAAGUGGAUGACCUUCCUAUAAAAGCUGACUUAAGUAAUUCUGCUCUCCGGGGAAGAAGCAACAGUAGUGUGAGUAGUCGUAUGGACAACCCAAGAACAAACACGCCACCUCCGCCGCCUCCCCUUCUGCCAUUGCAGUCUUCAAAUAAACCUUCCCAGAUGCAAACGGGCACUUCAGACAGGAAUCCAGAGAAAAAGCGAUCCCAGCCACACCAAUCUAAACCAGAACUCUUCCCAAGGGGUACAAACCCAUUUGCUACAGUUAAGUUGAAGCCCACGUCCACCAAUGACAGGUCAGCGCCUCGACUUUAUCGCUAAUGUCGAUUUGUUUGCUAAAUAAUUAGCUUUAGCUUAUGUAGUUUGUUUAAAUUGUUCCAUCCACAAACUGUUCAAGUUUUUACGUUUGCAUCAUUGGACGAAUCAUUUGAAAAGUUCUGCCAUGCCGAAAUAUGUAUGUCUAGGAUUGUGCUCCAGUAUUGUACUUCCAAUUUUUUCUUCUGUAUCAUAACAGGCAAAUGUGAACUGAUGCAGUGUGUCAGUAAUGCAUAAUCAUUAGUUGCCAGAUGUCCCAAAGUUUAUAUAAUUGGCGUAAUUUCCACACCAUGUAGAACACCUGACUAUAAGCCACACAUACUUCUCAAAAUUUAAGAAAAAAAAAUCCAUAUACAGUGGUACCCCUAGUUACAUACAGAAUUUUCAGGUUAAGACACACCUCAACGGGAAAAUAUUGCCUCUCUUAUGAAAGAAAUUUCAGGAUACGAAUAGCAAAAAUACAGUAUGCCCGGUACUAGAGUUUACUGAAACAGUAGCAAACAGCGGAUAUACAGUACAUUCUUUUAGAAUCAUCCAUUUUUACCGCCACAAGGAGCCUUCAUCGUAAAAUCCCCAGUUUUCGAUGAAGACUGAUGAGGCAGUGGCAAGCUUUGUCGGUGAUAAUAGCAGCUUACAGGCUUACAAUUCAUAGUUCGACUUAAGUGGUUCUUCUGUAGUGGCACCAAGUAAGUAUUUAUAUGCUUAAAGUUUGCCUUCUCACAAACUGAGUUUUUGGAAGUUGGAAUGCUAACACAAAGCUAAAUAUGCAUUAGCGCAGUGUUUUUCAACCUGUGUGCCACGGCCGUGAGAGAUCGUCAGGCGUGCCACAAGAAAUUAUCCAAUAUCGCAUUUUCUUUUUUUUUUUUACAUGGUCAGCCGGAGUUGCAGUAAGAAGGAAGGAGUAGGCAGAAGGUUAUUGGUCGUGUCCAGAUGAGAGAGGUAUUGCUUGUGUUCCCUUUAAGAACUUCUCGGAUUUCUAGCCAUCAGCCACCUUGCUGUCCGCAACAAUGUGGACCCCAACACGUCUACAUCAUUUGAUUAGACUCGUCAAGUAUCGGGAUACACAAAAUUGUCCUUUCCAUUUUAUCCAUAUGUGACAACCGUCAGUCCUCCCCGUGUUUUAUUCCAACACAUUGUCGAGGACAGCAAGGUGGCUGUUGGCUAGAAAUCCGAGCAUUUCUUGAACGCGGCAAGAGCAGCUACGCAAUAGCACCAUGGUGCCAAACAAGCUUAAACGUCCAAACGAACCACCCGUCACUUCAAACUAUGGACUAUUUUGUUUGCCUUCGUGAAAACACAGGGACACAGUCAGAAACGACUUUUUUUUUUUUUUUUUAGAAAAACUACAAAGGUAAAUGAGAGAGCCCUGAAAUCCAGUUAGUUUGUUGCUGAAUCCAAAAAGACCCACUGUGGCAGGGAGAUUGAUACUACCUGUCUGCAAAACUAUUGUCAUUUGAGAUGCUUGGCCCUGAUGUGGUUGAAGACAUUGCUAAAGUCCCCCUGUCUGAUUAUUCUGAGCUUUUCAAGCUAAACUGCUAUAAAAAGUAAAAACAGAGACUGAGAACUGUCCUGCCAGGAUAUCGGCUUUGUGUUCAUCUAAACAGGCUCAAGUUCACACUGAGUAAGUAUAAAUACUGAGAAGUUAUUUUAUAAUUAAAUAUUCUGUACAAAAAAUAAUUUUAGACCCUUUAUGGUUUGUGCUUUGCCGCAAGAUUUUUUCCAAUGUAAAAACGUGCCGUGACUCAGAAAAGGUUGAAAAACACUGCAUUAGCGUGUUGUCAUAAAUUAUGGAACACUAGUGUUAGUUCGAGACUAUGAAUGUACCCAAAGUAGCAACGUCAUAAUGACGUGCUAAGCUGUGAAGGGGAAUGAAAAUAAAAUUAAAUGUUAUUGUUCUAUUUUUAAAUGAGAACUGAUGAAGCUUGUUUGUCAUCCCAAAAAAAUCCAUAAAUAAGCCACUUGUUAUCAGAGAGUUCAAAUUGAGAGAAAAAAAGUGGCGGCUUAUAGUCGGAAAGCUAUGGUAAUCACAAUUUUGGAUUGAAGUACCACUUUUAGAUUUUUAGAUAUUAAACAUUAUGUUCUUACAAAUAGUCUUUUUGCUUGAUGCCAAGUAGCUGUCAAUGUUCUUUUUUGUGUUUUGUUACCAUCGCAUUGUGCCUCUGAUUUUGCUUUUUUUCCUUAUAAUUUCAAUGUUUUUUUUUUUUUUGUUUUUUUUUUUUUUUUUUCUUUUAAAUAAUAUGAAUUUAUUGGUAAUAUUGUCACUUAUAACCUGGUGCAAUCAAAGAACAAUCAAUAUCUUCAGCUACAUCAUGAUUACUAAAAUUUAACAGUGACUUUUGUUAUAAUUGUAUGUAGCACUUUUUAUUUAAAUCUUUUUUAAUGGUUUUUCCAUAACGAAGCAACAUAUAAUAAACAAUAUAGAACAACAUAGAAUAAACAACAACAGACUAUUAUUGCUAUCCAAAAACUGACAUGGAAGCAGCAAUCAGUUCACACACUCAAACAACAUAGACAAACCAUACACAAGUACAUAGUCUGGGAUAUCAGAUACAGCUACUUAAUUUGAUGACUCCACUCCAAAGAUUCAGGGGGAGCACAGGCUCUAUGGGUAGGUAGGAAAAACUGGGCAGCACCCGAGAGUAUUUCAUGGGGGGCACAUAAAUUCAGCAUUAUUUUCAAAACAAUAUAUGGGAAUCUGAAUACCUUCAAUGUUAGCAACUGUGCUAAAAAUAAUAAAACUUCUGAGACACCAUUCAUGAUCUUCAAUAUUUUUACAUAUGUGUAUUUAAAGGUAUAACAUGUAAUAAUUACACCAAUAUUGUUCAAUGGAAUGCAUUAACAACAAUGAAUUUGUUCAUUGGCUGCCAUUGACGGUGAUAGACAUCCAAUCAUGUGGCGUCCAGUCAUCCUUCCACUGUGUGUAUCACUAGUUUAUCACAAGUAGACAUCCAAUCUAUUUGAAGUUGAAGAGUGGCCGCAAAUAAACUGAUGUCUACCCAAGUCAAUGGCAAUCAAGUUAGUCAUUAAGAGAAUGAAACGUUACAAUUUCCCAAUAAAUGAUGUUUA